AUGUAAUCACUGGGCCUCCACACCUCAUGGCACAACUCAAAGCAAUCCCAGUGGGGCUCUCUGAGCCUGUCUUCCCACCUCACAGAGCGCUCCCAGGAGGAUGUGAGAUCUAAGACCAGGCUUAGGGUGAGGGAGAGGAGCUAGGGCUCACAGGCCUACGGGCUGCAGGCACCUUAGGCUCACAGUCCUGGGACUAAGGGACUAGCCACAUGGGCAGAGCCAGGACCUGCCUGCAGUGUGCCCUGCUCCUUCCUGAGCACCCUCAGCCCCAGCUCCUGCUGUCUUCCCAGGUCUAGAGGCUCCCUGGGAAUGUUGCUGGGGUGAGGAACAGGGGCUGGUGUGAGACUUCUGGGAGGCCGACAGGUUCCCUAGGAGGACAGGGGCUGCAGAAAGCCUCGGAGCGGGGGGCAGGUUUCACAGAGCUGCAGGACUCGGCCGUCACAACUCGGAAAGCCUCAGCAACUGAGAGAGGAACUGAGACCCAGAAAGGGGUUGUCUGUAGGGCUGCACCAGAGGCAGCUGGCAGCCUGGGACAACCCGAGGCCCACCUGCGCAGUGCAGCCCCUUCCUCCAUCCUCCUCCAAGAGGCCAGUGCCACUGGGCAGUGGUGAUGGAGGCCGCAGAGGGGGCAGUGACGGGGCUGGGGAGGUGGACAGAGCCUGCCUGGGGACACAGGGUGGGGCUUCCAGCCUCCACAGGCCCGGACUGCCAGGGUGUGUGGGCUGCCUGGUCCCAGCCCCCCACCCUGAGCAUGCCAGGAGAACAAUCCCCUUGUGUUUGGGCAGCCUGAGCCUGCAUGCUGAUGAAGCCUGGGGGUGGGGGCUGGGAUGGGGGCGCCUUGGAAGUUGAGGGGGUUCCAGGACCUAGAACGGUUAGAUCUUCAGCUGGGGAAACAAUAGGGUCUCAGGUGCCACCCGAGGGUGACCCCAAGAAACAGGGCCAAAGCUCAGCUCCCGGGAAGUGCCUGGGGCCUAGGAGCCCUUUGUAGGGGAAGGAGCGCCUGGGGACAGUUUCCUGCAGGUCCAGCGUGAAGGUGACCAUCCUGGGCUUGGUGGGGACACAAAGCCCCCGUGCUAGGACAAGGCCCAAGGGGCAUCCCUUUGAAGACCACUCUCCUGGGCACUGGGGUGGGGUGGGGCCCUGGGUGCCACAGGUCUCAAGAUGGCGGGCCUGGGUCAGGAGAGUGAGGAGGUGGCCACCUCCCUCUUCUGGACUGGCGGGCGCAAGGGUCAGGCUGGAGUAGCACAGGCCCCUCUCCCACCUCCCAGGACCCCAGCCACGAACAUAGGUCAGAGCCCAGGCGCUGAGGAAGGGCGAGAAGGCCCACUCCGCGCCCCAGCUGUGGUCUCCGCACACCCUUGGCCUGGAGGCGUGUGUGUCUGGCUCCUCCCGGGACUGCAGAGAACGGGAAGGGGUGUGUGCCAGCCAGGAGCUGCAGGAGGGUGGCAGAGCAGCAGAACCCGAACCCAGGGCAGCAGGCUGUGGUAUAGACCGCCAUGAGCAGGUAUCAGGCAGCUCUGCUGGGCCUAGGCCUGCUGUUCCUGCUGCUGCUGUAUGUGGGCUUGCCAGGGCCCCCUGAGCAGACUUCCAGGCUCUGCAGAGACCCCAAUGUCACAGUCCUGGCUGGCCUCACCCGGGGCAGCUCCCCCAUCUUUUACCGCGAGGUGCUCCCCCUCCACCAGCCACGCAGGGCGGAGGUCCUGCUGCUCCAUGGAAAGGCCUUUAACUCGCACACGUGGGAGCAGCUGGGCACACUGCAGCUGCUGUCUCGAGAGGGCUACCGGGCCGUGGCCCUUGAUCUUCCAGGUUUUGGGAACUCAGCUCCUGCGAAGGAGGCAAGCACAGAGGCAGGGCGGGCAGAGCUGCUGCAGCAGGUACUGCAGGAGCUGCAGAUGAAGAAUGUGGUGCUGGUGAGCCCCUCACUCAGCGGCCGCUAUGCCCUGCCCUUCCUGAUCCAAGGCCACCAGCAGCUACAUGGAUUCGUGCCCAUCGCACCCACCUCCACCCAGAACUACACCCAGAAGCAGUUUGGGGCAGUGAAGACUCCGACCCUCAUUGUGUUUGGGGAACUGGACCGCGUCCUGGCCCAAGAGUCGCUGAGGCAGCUGCGCCACCUGCCCAACCACUCUGUGGUGAAGCUACACAACGCCGGCCAUGCCUGCUACCUCCACAAGCCGCGGGACUUCCACCUCGCCCUCCUUGCCUUCCUUGACCGCUUGCCCUGACCACUUUCCCCAGGCCUGGCCUGAGUGCGGGGGAUCCGGACUAUCGCUCUGCCCUUCCAGGGAGGCCGUUCCUGGGGUUGGAGGGCAGAGGGCAGAGGGGCAGGCCCAGCCAGGGCUUCUCAUUUCAUUUCACAGGCACAGUAAAAAUCACAGUUGUCUGGCCAGGA